GGUGGUGUUGUGUGCCACUUUUUUUGUUCAGCUCAAAGCGCCUCACACUAAACUACGAGCAUCAGAACUCUGAACAUUUACUUCUUGGAGCCUACAUGAUUUUCGAUAGAUCAGACCUUAUGUCGCAACAAAUUAUUUAACAGAAGGAGAUGAAUUACAAACCGACUCAACGUGAACGCCGAUGUGGAUAACAAAGCAUUAUAUGCUGAUAUUCGUCCGUUGACUAUUUUUGUAGUCUUGCGCCCAGCCAUGGAAACGAUACGGAGAUUUCUUCCCUGAUGCCGCGAUCUCUCGCGUUAGAUUCCCCUAAAUAAAUGGAUACGACGUUACUGGCCUCUGCUGUGGUCGUUUGGGAAUGGCUCAACGAGCACGGGCGCUGGCGGCCUUACAGCCCGGCCGUGUCUCACCACAUCGAGGAGGUGAUACGCAGCGAUCCCCGGGGCGGCAGCGUCGUUUUAGGCCAAACCGACAGCCGCCUGUCCCCCUACAUCAUCGAUCUACACACCAUGCAUCAGUUCAGACAAGAUACGGGUACAUUAAGACCAGUGCGAAGGAGUUUCUAUGACCUCAGAUCUGCACCAGGUCAGGGUUGGAUAUGGGAGUGGGAAAAUGAUGCAGGUUCCUGGACAGCCUAUGACACAGAGGUGAGCAUCGCCUUGCAAGCUGCACGAGACAGACAGCAACCCUGGUUGGACCUGACACCCUUGGGCUUUUGCUACCUUGUGGACUUCCAGACCAUGACACAGAUUAACAUGCAAACACAGCGACAGCGGCGGAUCCAGAGACGCUCAGUCAUGGUUUAUCCACUGGUCUCUGGGCCACUGCCAAAAACCUCACAGGCUUGGGGUAAUGGCUCGGGGGCUGGAGGAAUGUCUAAAGUUACAUCAGGUGGGGGCUCGACUGGGGCACUUCUUGGGGUAGGCGUUUCUGGCUCCACACUGAGUAGAAAAGGAAGUAUGGUUUACCCAAGUGGGACACUUUCAGUGUCAUCUCUUGCUGCUGUUGGACAGCCAUGUGCCUGCCAGCAAUGCAUGCUGGUGUUGAGUGUAAAAGCAAAUGCCACAACAUCACAGACCCUAGGACGCAAAUUUCACACAAUGAAGCCAAACCGUCCUAAAUCCAGCUUUAGGACGCUUUCAACCUCAUCUACAUCUUUGUCUGUUUUAAACUCAUAUUCUCAUACACUACCACAUGGUGUGUCUUUAAGAUGCUCACCCUCAGAAGAGGACAAAAAUUCGGCUGCCUUUGCUCAUUCAUUGUCACUUCUUACUUCGGACAUUGCCACGCUCUCAGUCUCCUCAAGCCGCUCGCCGCCACCACCUGUUCCCCCGACUCCAACUCUGCCAUCACCCUAUCAACAGCCUCCUUCCACCCCUAGCUCAUCGUCUUCAGCAACAUUGGUGCCAACUGCCAUGCUCAUUGACACUUCAGGUACCACAUCAUCCACAGUUCUGACAUCUUCAACAACGGUGCCUUCUCAAUGCUCUACUGCCUGCGCUGCCCCUCUACCAUCUCGUGCCAGUCUGGCAGGACUUAGUCGGCCUGCUUUGCAGAGAAUUGCCAUGGCACAGUCACGGGCACUUGUUGCCUCUGGGGUACCGACAGUACCAGUGAAGAACCUUGAUGGCUCCAGCCCUGUUCAGCCUGCUUUAGCUGGUAUUACUGGUAUUCUGAUGAGUGCAGCAGGACUACCUGUAUGUUUGACUCGUCCUCCUAAACUGGUUCUGCAUCCCCCACUUGUCAGCAAGAGUGACAUCAAACCAAUUCCUGGUGUUGGACACUGUUGCCGCAAGACCACCAAAAAACAAGCCUGCAAAGGUAAGACACCCGAGGUGGUAAAGAGGUACUUUCAGAAGGUCAGGAAACCACCUGAAGAAGAUUGCACUAUCUGUAUGGAAGCUCUGGGAAGGCCUUCAGGUUAUAAGGGUUCAGGUGUGGUGAGUGUUUCCCGUGCAGAGUCAGUAGGAAGACUGGCACAAUGUGGACAUCUGUAUCAUCUGCAGUGUUUAGUGGCCAUGUACAACAAUGGAAACAAAGAUGGCAGCCUGCAAUGUCCCACAUGCAAGACAAUAUAUGGAGUAAAGACGGGCAACCAGCCACCCGGUAAGAUGGAGUACCAUGUCAUCCCGUACUCUCUGCCAGGACACCCAGACUGCAAAACCAUUCACAUCAUCUACAACAUACUGCCAGGCAUACAGGGACCUGAGCAUCCAAACCCAGGGAAGCCUUUCACUGCAAGAGGAUUUCCCCGUCAUUGCUAUCUCUCAGACAGUGAAAAGGGGCGCAAGGUGUUAAGGUUGUUGUUGGUGGCAUGGGACCGACGUUUGAUCUUCUCAGUGGGCACCUCAAGCACCACAGGAGAAUCAGACACUGUCAUCUGGAAUGAGGUCCACCACAAGACAGAAUUUGGCUCCAAUCUUACUGGACAUGGCUAUCCAGACCCUGGCUAUCUUGACAAUGUACUGGAAGAGCUUAAAGCACAGGGCAUCACUGAAGAGAAGGGACAACUUGAGUGAGGAUGGAAACAAAAGAAAAAACAUUGGCAUUUGGGAGACAUGAGAGUACUAGAUGUUUUGUGCUGUUGAAAUAGGGGUAAUUUCUGAAUCACAGGAGUAUAAGUGAAGAUAUAUAAGAAAAGAGAACUUGAUUGGUCAUCAGAUGGUACAGUUCAAUAUGUUAAUGAGCACAGCGGUACGAGUCAUCUUUUGGUAGGGAUGGGUAUUGAUACAAAUUUCCCGAUUCAAUUUGAUUCACAAGCUAUCGAUUCAUAUGGGUACUUUUUGGUUAUAAUGUCCAUUUUGCUUACAUAUGAAAGAAUUUCUCUCUGCAGAUGCUCUUAAUUUUAAAGGAACCUUCUAGGUAUAAUUUGAAAAUAUUAAUUUUACAAAUAAUAUUUUAUUAGUUUUUCAUCAAAUUGGUCUUUAAGCUUUUAAAUAAUGUUUAAAUUCAGUCUAUUCCAUCAAUUAAUGUCUUGAAAUUGCAUAUGUUGUAUAGAUAUUUUUGUUACUUGUUUAUUGUUUACUUUCAUAAUUUUUAUUAUUUACAAGUAUUUACAUUGAUAUGUGGAACAGGUGCUAAAUUGGUACUGUCUCUUUAAGACAAGUGCAUAUAAUAACAGAGGACGUGAAUGAUUUCUUUAGCACAUCCAUGUGUGAUUAGAAUUAAAUGUUUGUUUUGCUGUUUUUAAUCAACAACUGACUGUAAAGAACAGAAAGAGUAUUAAAAGAUACAUUAUUCAAUUACAUAUGGAUCUCAUCUUUGGACACACAGUUAAACCAAACUUUUACUCCCAACACGCAGUGAAAGUAUCUCACUGCUAAUAAUCUCUUCUCCACAAUACUACUCUAUCACUGGUGAGUGAAAUCUGAACAUUUACCAGCCAGUGGCUAAUAAUAGACAUUUUAGUCGCAUAGCAGGAGAUUUGGUCCCAUAUAUGAGUGAUUUACUCGCAUUAUAGCGGUUCGUGCAUAGAGUGAAAGAUCGAUAUUGGGAUUUAAGAAUCGAUAUCGAAAUUGUUAAAACAAUGUAUCGGAAAAUCAAUAUUUUUACCCACCCCUAUCUUUUGGCAUGCAUGCGUUCUUAACCUCAAUAAGGUUCUUGGGUAUGUAGCAACACAACUAAUAUACAAAUUAUAUUUGGUUAAAGAAAUGUGUGGUUAAAGUUGAAAGAUUGAAAGAAUGAGGGAAAAGAAAGGGACAGGUGUAAAAAGCAAGAAUGGGAGGUGGAGGGGGCUCAUGAGGUAGAGAAAAAGGAAAAUAGAAAGACUAGGUAAAGAAGAAGAAGAUGAAGACAUGUUUUAUUUGCUUCAGCAAUGUUGUAGUGCGAGUUUGUCUAAGUUGUGUGAAACAAUUGCAAGUGUGGGUGUAUGCAUGUGAACUCUUUUUACCUCCAAUUAGAUUCCAUGCUCCAAAGCAUUCCAAAGCCGUUUACGUCGAACUGAGAGGUAUAGUUUGCAUAAUUAUUGCGUGUUUAUGAUUGGUAAUGUCAUGAUAUCAUUCCAUGUAUUAGAUCAUAUACUACUUUUGUAUGGAUGAUAUUGUGUGGAUAAUAUUCAGAUUAAUCAAAAUAGAGCAUCAGUCCUAGAUUAUCUUGUUAAAAUUGAAAAGCAGUUUAAAGAAAGCAAUGCAUUUUGUCUGUGAGAUCCGCAUGAGAACCCCAACUAACUGUUCUUCCUUCGGUCUGAGUGCUCUUCUUUUAGUGAUCAUUAUUAAAGGAAUAGUUCACCCCAAAAAGGAUCAUUCUCAUCAUUUACUCACCAAUUUUCUUCACCCAAAAUGAUUGUAUCGCUUCAGAAGACAUGGAUUGAACCACUCGAGUCGUAUGGAUUACGUUUAUGUAUCUUUUAUGUCCUCACAUCACACAUUCUUCAAAAUAUCUUCGUUUGUAUUCUGCAGAAGAAAAAAAGCCAUACUAGUUUGAGACGGCAUGAGGGUGAAUAAACAAGAGAAUUUUCAUUUUUGGGUAAACUAUUUCUUUAAUGGUACAAUUUCUCAUGGUACAAAAAAGGUACUUCAAACAAAGAAGUGAUGGUACACUUUAAUUGCGUUUAUAAACAGGAUGAAUUAAAUUUGCUAUAAGCAAAUGUUUUUUCUUUUUUAAAUACCACACAAAUUUCCCUACUACAUGAGAGAUAUUACUGAAAUAGGUGUCUUGAGAAAUCACACCUCUCUCUCUGUGACAGCCUUGGGCUCUGUAAAUGGCAAAAACUUUAUCUUUUGCUGGCAUGUUUUUGGAGAUAGAUCAUGUGGUUGAAGUUAGCAAAAUGGCUGAAUAGCUCACAGCACCAGUGAAUAAGCUCAGUUUUGAUACAAGAGAAAGUAAUUAAGGUUGAGCUGGAUAUAGGGAAUUGGCAAGAGGCAGAGAAAGCACUUGGAUAGUUCAAUGAUCCCCAAGGGACAAUUUAGUAAUAGUUGACCAAAAUGAAUUGCCUGCCUGUUCUUUUGGACUGGGACUUUCAAAGGAUUUUGCAUACAAUUCAAAUUAGCUCUUUACUGACCUUUUUAAAACCUUGUUUUUUGGCCAGUCUCCAUGGUAGGUCAAUAAGUGACCUGUUUUACAGUGAUCCACUUCUAGUGACUUAAAGAACAUGCCAUUGUUUGGCAUAUGUGUGUGUUUUUGUACAGGUUGAUACUUGUGUGAAUGAGCCCAUGCAUCAUGUGUAUGCAUGCAUUUUUGCUUGAUUAAAAAUAAGAGAGUAUGCUAUGCAUCCACCAGCCAGUGGUGAGGUACAGUUUGUUACUGAUCUGCCUAACUUUCUUCAUACAUUUGUUUAUAUUUUUUUGUAUUGAUGUUUUCUCCUAUUUUCCUAGUUUAGUAUAUUUUAGAAUGUUUCAUAUUCUGAAUUUUUAUACGUGAAUGUGAGUCUCAACUGUUUUUAGUUUCUUUUUGUGCGCCUACACGACAAAUGCCAUUUUUGCUCUUAUGAAUUGUACAGAUCUGUGAAAAAAUGUGACCUCUCAAACUGCAUAAAAAGUGUCCUAUAAUCUGUUGAGACCCAGCCAAUUUUUCUUCCAUUGUUUAAGAUAAGAAGAUGGCCUGAUCUUAUGCAGCUGCAAGUGAAUAAUUUUAGUGGAGAAUUAUUAUUAGUAGUAGUAGUAGUAUUUAUUUAUUUUUUUUGUUUUGUUUUUUUGGUGAAAUGGAGAAAUGUAAAAGAGAGUCAAAUGCUUCAUUGCCCUUCAUUAUCAACCACUAAGACCUAAUGGUUGAUGACUCAAGUGACACCGUGAAAACAACAAUGGGCCCCAAAAUUAAUGUUUUUUGCAGGGAUUUAUCUUGUUUUUUUUUUUUUAUUCUUUAUCUUAUUCUCACUAUAAAUGAUCAACCCCCAUCUAUACACACAUCCAAAGAUGGAAAUGUCCUCAACCUUUGUGAACAUUUUGCACUUUUAUGUUUAUGUUAAUCUGCUCACUGCUGAAUGGAAUAGAACGACCAGAUCUGAUGAAUCACUGCUCUACUAUCAUCCCGUCUUCGGUUCAAUGGUCAUGAAUUAAUUUAAAUGUUACCGGUAAAUGCUAUGCCAGAGGUUGCCAGGCAAUAUACCAAUCACAGCAUUAUCAGUAGCAAUCAAUGACGAUACAGUAUAACCUAGAUUUAUAUUAUUAUUUGAAUUAUAUUAGUUGUUACAUACAAACAGCAGUACGGAGUGUGCACAAACUUUUGAGAAUAAUUUCUGCUUGAUUCAGCAACAUUUUUUGUCAAAAGAAUGAUUGAAAACAAAAAUCAGCAUGUGAUGAAAUUGAUGAGUGGAAUAAAUUGUUACAUCAUGGCUCCAUGCUAUACAUUUUUCUGUAUAAAAUGUGGGGGGUGAAAAAGUUGUUUGGCGUUUGUGCUGUAACAGUGAAGUCCAUCCAUUCAUUAGAUAAGAGAAUUUAUUUUUUGGUUUUCUUUAAAAUGAACUUUAAAGUUGCACUCAGUAACUUUUGUCUUUGUGUCAUCUUAGACUUACACAGACCUAGUGGCUUGGAUGCAGCAUCAUUUAAAAUCAACAGUUUUCAGUUUCAGAUGCCAUUGUAGAGAUUUAGUAUUCAGUCAUCCAUGAUUACUUUAAUGAGUGAAAGUGUCAAAUAACAGGAUGGUUACUGAAGUUAAGAGAGUAGUAUUCAGCUGGUCAUGUGGCUCUAAAAUGGCAGCUCCCAUGUGUGGACCAUCUACAUGUAGAAUA